GUGAUGUAGUGGCAAGACAUGAAAUUUGAACUCUCCAUAUUUCGGAGUAAAAACUGGAAAUUUCGCAAAAAGUGGAUUAAUUUUUUCAUUAAUUUGUUGGUGAAAAGAUACUAAUACUUUAUCUACAUGCCUGCUAAGAAUAAUUUGUCACAAAAAGACUCAACAAAGAAAAAUAAACGUGGUAAACGAAAGGUUAUCUCGCCACUUUACACGGAUACGAACACGGACAAUACACGGGAUAUUGAUCAACACGCACAAAGUGGACAAACAGGUUAUUGUGUCGGACAGUCAUGUGUAUCUGAUGUGAGUAUUCAAAACAAACGUUUGCAUACUUCUUCUCCUGAACAUUUCAUAUUUGAUAUCAACAAAAUGCAAAAUGAAAAUUUUACUGGACAAAAUGUGGCUACAAAUGUUGCGACAUUUACCAAUCCACAAUACGGAAGUCAAUUUUCGCCAUCUCCAACUUAUAGUUACACUCAGUUACAGCCGAUGCAGCAGCAGUUUUCCCCAACACCGCCGACAUGGGCCACUGAACUCAUUGAGAACAUAAAAGUAAUAAAUACGGACAUAAAAAUGAUCAAAAAAUCCGUAGAAAAGAUCGAUGGAAUUGAAAAAACAGUAAAUAGAAUUUGCCUGAAAGUAGAUGAACUCGAAAACAAAUAUAGAACUAUGGACAUUCGUGUAAAUGAAACAGAAUCAGCAGCCGCAUUUCUCAGUAACGAGUUUGAAGAAACAAAGAAAAAAUUAGCCAAUUCAAAAUCUGACAUUAAAAAAUUCGGAGACAUGUGCAUAUCAUUUGAGAAACAAGUUAGCUCUCUAGAAACGGACAAUAUGCAACUGAACAACAAAGUCAAUGACUUGGAAGCCCGUAGUUUAAGGGACAAUCUGUUGUUUCAUGGAUUUAACGAAUCACCAGACGAAAACUGCGAAGCACUCAUACAAAAUUUCAUUAAACAUGACCUAGGCAUCGACCAAAAGGAAAUAAAUAUUGAAAGAGCCCAUCGAAUCGGUACCAACAAAGGUAAAGGAAUACGACCUGUUGUCGUUAAAUUUUUGGAAUGGAAAGAUAGAGAAUUGGUACGUAAAACUGCAAAUGACAAGUUCGCGGAAUUAAAAAUGAAAAAGAAAGGCGUCGGCGUUCAACAAACUAGAGCUGUGCUGGCCAAAAGAAAAGAACUCUAUUCCAUUAUGGAUCGUGAAAAGAAAAAUGGCAGAUUCGUCAAAUGGGCUGGAGCAAAACUUUUAGUCAGUGAUCAUGCCGAGGGACCAUUCCACGAGAUUACAAGCUAGGAAGAGCAAGAGGAACUACGAAUUCUUGUGUGGAAUUUAAACGGGUUAUCAAGAAAAUUAAAUGAUGAGGAAUUUUUAGACUAUAUAAGCAGCUACGAUAUCUUGUUAUUUUGUGAGACUUGGAUUAGUGAAAAAUACAUGUUUAAUUUAGAAAUAAACGGUUAUCAAAGUUUUCAUUUAUAUGGAAAUAAAUCAAGUGGCACCAAGAAAGGACGCUAUAGCGGAGGAAUAUCUGUUUAUUUUAAAGAUGAAUUUAGUUCAAAUAUUUCUAUUGUAGAGACUCACAAGUAUGGUAUUAUUUGGCUAAAAAUUAACAAAGAUUUACUCGACCUUGAAGAAAAUGUAUACAUAUGUAAUGCUUAUAUUCCACCACCUGGUUCUAAAUUUUUGUAUGAUAAAGAUUUUGAUUUUUUUGACGAAAUAGAAAAGGGAAUAGAAAAAUAUAAUAAUUUAGGUAAAACCUUCAUUACUGGAGAUCUUAAUUCUAGGACUGGGAACUUAUCUGAUAUUUUAGAAUAUGAUAAAUAUCUUGACGAUG